GUGAAUACGUACAAUCCAGAAAGUCAGUUUAUACAAGACCUUCGAGAGAAAGAAGUCCCUGGUAUGAAGGGAGUAGUAUCGUCAUCUAAAGGAUUACACACCAAACUACGUCAAGCUGCUCAACGGAAAAAUGGAGUAACAAAAGAACGCAAACAGUUGAUUAAAAUGGGAAAUAAGCUGAGAGCUGAAUUGUUGAAAUAUAAAGGAGGGAAAAAAUCGCCUUCAAUUGAGGCACGUCAAUCGUCCAAAGAUCCGCAGAAUGUGGCGCAAACAUCCCGAUCCCAACUACGGGGUUUGGAACAGUUGCAAUAUGAACUAACAAGCAAAGAACUGCAUGCAGUAUGCACAGAGAACACUAGCGAGGAAUAAUGAUCAGCAUUCGCUAUCUCCUCGCAAAAAAAAUUCCGCGUCGGCCCAAAACUUCAAAAACACUCUUCAAACACGGAACUCGCAGAAAAAGCAGGCCUACCGGAAUCGUCUACUGUUCGUGACGAAAUCGUCUCGCCAUGGCAACCUUCGUUCUCAUCAGACGACCGCGCGUCGUUACAAGAUGUCUGGAAACUACUAGACGAGGACAGUUCUGGAUUAACCCAUCGCGGGGACGAAGUCAGCAAGUCUCAGCUUCGGGAAAGUUUCUCAACUACGGACAG